AUGGAAUACUCAUCACGUAGACUCGGCAAUACAGGCCUGAAGGUCUCCAAAAUCAUCCUCGGAUGCAUGACCUUUGGUUCCUCCAAAUGGGAGGGCUCACCAUGGGUCCUUGAUGAAGAAGAGGGACUCCAGAUCUUGAAGGCAGCAUAUGACAACGGCAUCAAUACUUGGGACACGGCAGACACAUAUUCAAACGGAAAGUCCGAGGUGAUCAUCGGCAAGGCUCUGAAGAAAUUCAACAUUCCGCGCCAAAAAGUCGUCAUUCUCUCCAAAAUCUUCAACCCCGUUCCAGACGAUGACUCCAGGCCCGCCAGCGUCAAUGAUGGUCCACUCGUGAAUCAGAUGGGUCUGAGCAGGAAACACGUCUUCCAUGCCGUCGACCAGUGUCUUGAACGUCUUGGCACGGAUUACAUCGAUGUUCUUCAGAUCCACCGCCUCGACCGCGAAACACCUCCCGAGGAAAUCAUGCGAGCCCUCCACGACGUCGUCCAGUCCGGAAAAGUCCGCUACAUUGGCGCCUCGUCCAUGUAUACAUGGGAGUUUGCCCGCCUGCAGUACAUCGCCCGGUCCAACGGCUGGACAGAGUUCAUCUCAAUGCAACCAUUCUACAACCUUCUCUACCGCGAAGAGGAGCGGGAAAUGCUGCCGUUCUGCCGAGCAAGCGGUGUCGGUGUGAUCCCAUGGUCACCGAUUGCUCGCGGACUGCUGGCGAAGCCCCUCGCCAAAGAGAAUGAUGAAGGAACCUCGCUGCGUAGUCAGACAGAUAAGAAGACGCAGGCGUGGUUUGCGGAUGCGAACCUGGAUAUCGUAAACCGGGUCGAGGAGAUUGCGAAGAAGAAGGGUGUCAGCAUGGCCCUUGUAUCAACUGCGUGGGUGCUACAGCAGGGAUGUUGGCCAAUCGUAGGCUUGAGUUCCGAGAAGAGGAUCAAAGAGACGAUAGGGGCGCUCAAGGUAAAGCUGACAGAGGAGGAACUGAAAUAUCUGGAGAGCGAGUACCGACCCAGGAGUAUUCAGGGUAUGUAG